GCGCGGAAACGCUGGCGGGCGGGCGAGCCGGAGCGUCGCCCCGGUGCCGAGCGAGGGUGGCGGCGGGUCGAGGGCUGAGGACGCCGCCCCUGAGGCCUGGCCCGCGGCCGCGCCCUCCUGACGACCUUUGCGCCCCGACCCCCGGCCGUCGCCCGCCUCCCCGAGGCGUCGGUGGGGACCUCUCCGGCGCCGGCGCCGGCCUGCUCGGCCGCCGGGCGCGGGCCUGGCCUCCCGGGACUCGGCGGCAGGGUGGAUUAUUGACAGUCAUGUACCACUGAAGAAUGCUCGAAUGCUGAAGCAAGCCAGCAAGGCAACGAGGGACAAGUGACACUGGAUUGAGGCAGUCACUUGGGUGUACCCUCCAAGUCUUCAAACACGCACACACACCAGGUGCCCACCCCUGUUAGCAAUGGGCUGUUGAGAGGAGAAACCGGAUCCCUAACCGCCCCGUGGAGAUGGAGGAUGAAGAACUGGAGUAUCCAAACUCCUCCUCGGAAAAGCGCUAUUUUCCCGAGUCCCUGGACUCCAGUGAUGGGGACGAGGAGGGCGCCCUGGCCUGCGAGGACCUGGAAGUAAACCCUUUUGAUGGACUGCCAUACUCAUCGCGCUACUACAAGCUCCUGAAGGAAAGAGAAGACCUCCCCAUAUGGAAAGAAAAAUACUCGUUUAUGGAGAAUCUGCUUCAAAAUCAAAUUGUGAUCAUUUCAGGAGAUGCUAAAUGCGGCAAGAGCUCUCAGGUUCCUCAGUGGUGUGCUGAAUAUUGCCUUUCCAUCCACUACCAACACGGGAGCGUGAUCUGCACGCAGAUCCACAAGCAGACAGCGGUUCAGCUCGCCCUGCGCGUAGCGGACGAGAUGGACGUUAACAUUGGACACGAAGUCGGCUACGUGAUCCCCUUUGAGAACUGCUGCACCAGUGAGACCAUCCUGAGGUACUGUACUGAUGAUAUGCUGCAAAGAGAAAUGAUGUCCAGCCCUUUCUUGGGUAGCUAUGGGGUCAUCAUCUUAGAUGACGUUCACGAAAGAAGCAUCGCAACCGAUGUGUUACUUGGACUUCUCAAAGAUGUUUUGCUAGCAAGACCAGAACUGAAGCUCAUAAUUCACUCCUCACCUCUGCUGAUCAGCAAACUCAGCUCUUACUAUGGAAACGUGCCUCUCAUAGAAGUGAGGAGAAAGCUCCCCGUGGAGGUCGCGUACCUCAGCGGGCCACACAAGGAUUCUUUCCAGUCCAUUUUACAGCUCAUCUUUGAAAUUCACCACUCGGGUGAGAAGGGUGACGUGGUAGUGUUUCUGGCCUGUGAACAAGAUAUUGAAAAGGCCUAUGAAAUGUUCUGUCAAGAGGAAUCUAAUUUACAUUCUGACCUUGGAGAACUGGUGAUUGUUCCUUUGUAUCCCAAAGAGAAGUGUGCGGUGUUUAAGCCAGUUGAUGAGACAGAAAAAACAAGCCAUCUUUAUCAAAGAAGAGUGGUGUUGACCACCAGCUCUGGGGAGUCUUUGAUCUGGAACAACACAGUCGGAUUUGUGAUCGACGUGGGUGUGGAAAGAAGACAGGUGUACAACCCCAGAAUACGAGCCAACUCCCUCGUUCUGCAGCCCAUCAGCCAAAGCCAAGCGGAGAUCCGGAAGCAGCUUCUCGGGUCAUCUUCCUCAGGAAAACUUUUCUGCCUCUACACGGAGGAAUUUGCCUCCAAAGACAUGAGGCCGCUGAAGCCAGCAGAAAUGCAGGAGGCCAACCUCACCAGCAUGGUGCUCUUCCUGAAGAGGAUCGACAUCGCGGGCUUAGGCCACUGCGACUUCAUGAACAGACCAGCACCAGAAAGCUUGAUGCAGGCCCUGGAAGACUUAGAUUAUCUGGCAGCACUGGACAACGAUGGGAAUCUUUCUGAAUUUGGAAUCAUCAUGUCCGAGUUUCCUCUGGAUCCACAGCUCUCAAAGUCUAUCUUAGCAUCCUGUGAAUUUGACUGUGUAGAUGAAAUGCUAACCAUCGCUGCCAUGGUAACAGCUCCUCACUGCUUUUCCCACCUGCCCCAUGGGGCCGAGGAGGCUGCCGUGACCUGUUGGAAGACAUUUUCACAUCCUGAAGGCGACCACUUUACCCUCAUCAACAUCUUCAAGGCCUACCAAGACGCAGUUCUGAACUCCGCCAGUGAGCACUGUGUGGAAAAGUGGUGUCAUGAUUACUUCCUCAACUGCUCUGCUCUCAGGAUGGCAGAUGUGAUCCGAGCUGAACUCGUAGAAAUUAUCAAGCGAAUCGAGCUUCCCUAUGCAGAACCUGCUUUUGGCUCCAAGGAAAAUAAUCUGAACAUCAAGAAAGCUCUGCUGUCUGGCUACUUCAUGCAGAUUGCUCGGGACGUCGACGGGUCGGGCAACUACCUGAUGCUAACUCACAAGCAGGUGGCUCAGCUGCAUCCCCUGUCCACGUACUCGCUCACCAAGAAGAUGCCCGAGUGGGUCCUCUUCCAUCAGUUCAGCAUCUCUGAGAACAACUACAUCAGGGUCACCUCAGCCAUCUCCCCUGAACUAUUUAUGCAGCUGGCGCCACAGUACUAUUUCAGUAACCUGCCUCCUAGCGAGAGCAAGGACAUUCUGCAGCACGCCAUGGACCACCUGUCCCCGCUCUCCACCAUGAAGAAGGAGGAGGAUGCGUGUGACAAGUGCCCUGACACUACUGAGCAGAGAUGUGCUCUACAGUGAGUGCCCACCAAGCACAAGCGAGCGCGGACCCCACGGGGAGCCCCCGCCACGUCCACAGCCACGGGCAGACGUGGCAAACAUCACAGGCUGAGGAAAUGACACCAUGUAAGAUUUUAAAAUAAAAAAAUAACGAGUUUUUAUUGCGUUCUUUCAAUUACCUGCUCCAUGUGUUCUUCAUAUGGGAAGAUUUUAAUCAACCAUUCAUAAUUUGACCCAAAUUGAAAAAAAAGUAUUUUGUAAACAUGUCAUAGACACAGGAAAAAGAGCCCUACUUUUUGUAGAGGACCUUAAUCUGAAUAAAGUGAUGCGUUUUUCAG